UGGGGCCACCCUGAUGAGGCCACUGCUAGGUCAUAAGAUGCCUUUACAUGGAUUCGAAAAGAGUCCCACUCUGGGCGAAGGCUCACGUGGUUCCCAGGAAAGAGGUUUCUGGGAUGGGAGUGGAGAAGGAAAUGGUGCCUGAACCUGGCUCUGAUGGGUCUAGAUUGGGGCAGAGAAAGUCCGGGUGCUGUACUUUUGGGAUGUUGGUGAGGUUGGCGAGGUCUGGAGCCAAGAAAGAAUUCUUGAGAUUUCUUUGGUGCAAAAAGGUGGUUUUGUUAAUGCACAGUGACGGGACAGUGCAAUUGAUUAUUGAGGUUGGGGGAAGUAAAGAGAAGUUCCAGAAGGAUCUUUAUCAGCUAAAGUAGAUUCACAGGAUCCUGGGGGCAUUGUUUUUGUCCAGCUAAGGCUGUUUUUCCCUCUAGCAGGGCAUUGAGACAGCCGGGAGCUUCCUAGAGGAAGGUUCUGCUCUGCUGGCCUCAAGGCACUGCAGAUAACAAGGGUUUUUUACAUUUCCUUCUGCCUGUUCCCCUGCGUGGCUAGCCGGGGCCCUGAACCCCUGAAGACGAUCGAGUUGCCUGUUUGGCCCUGGCUGUGCCGCAGUGAAGCGCAGGCAGAGAGGCCGCAUCUGGCAGGCCCAGAGCCUGGCUGGAGAGGCCACCCGGGACACUGGAUGGCUGCGUCCAUGGCAGCUGCCCACCACCCAGUUGAAGGGGGGGCCUACUGUCUCCGUAUUCAGUGUGUGCUCCGGGUUCUGGCCAGGGUCUCGCCGCCAUGACACACAAGCCAAUGGAGGAAUCCCUCUUCCAAAUCGUCCACUGCUACCACCAGUACGCGGCCCGGGAGGGGGACGUGGAGACUCUGUCCCUGGAGGAGUUGAAGGCUCUGCUUAUGGACAAUGUGCCCUGCUUCAUGGAGAGCUUGGGCCGGAAGGAGCCCUACUACAUCUCAGAGUUGUUCCGGGCUGCCGACAAGAACAAGGACAACCAGAUCUGCUUCGACGAAUUCCUGUUCAUCCUGGGCCGGCUCCUGAAGGAUUACCACCUGCUGUACCACCGGCAACUGUGCGCCUGCUACUGCGCCCGGCACAGCCUGCACUAGGCAGGGACGCCCCGGAGAGCCCGUACUGGACAGGGAUGCUCCCGGACACCUCGCACAAGACAGGGGCGCCCCUGAGCAGCCCGCACUGGACACGGACACCCCAGAAAGCCCACACUGGAUAGGGACGCUCCUAAACAGCCCGCACAGGACAGGGACGCCCCCGGACACCCCACACAAGACAGGGAUGCCCCUGAACAGCCCGCACUGGACGGGGAUACCCCAGAAAGCCCGCACUGGAUAGGGACACCCCGGACAGCCCACACUGGACAGGGACACUCCAGACAGCCCGCACUGGACGGGGACAGCCCUGAGCAGCCCUCACUGGGUAGGGACACCCCAGACAGCCCACACUGAACAGGGACACCCCAGACAGCCUGCACUGGAUGAGGACACCCUGGAAAGCUCACACUGGAUAGGGAUGCCCUUGGACAACCUGCACUGGACAGGGAUGCCCCUGGACACCCUGCACAAGACAGGGAUGCCCCUGAGCAGCCCACACUGGACAGGGACACCCCGGACAGCCCACACUGGAUAGGGACGCCCCUAAACAGCUCGCACAGGACGGGGACGCCCCUGAACAGCCCGCACUGGACAGGGACGCCUUGCACAGCCUCUGCCCACAGGUGUCUAUCUAGGAGCAGGAGCAGGAGCCUGAGCUGCUGCAGAGCUCUGCCCUGCUUGUCAGCGUGUGCCUGCAUGUACCUGUACCUGUGCACAGGCAUGUGCAAUGCAUACCUGUGAGAGAAGAGAAUAGAGCAACACCACAAAUGUGCUGGGAAUUCUUUGUUUAUGGUUCUGGGCAUCUGCUAUGAGUCCAGAGAGGAGGCUUGCUGCUCCCUUGGGGAUCAUCCAUUCCAGCCCCAGUCUGAGGAGGGAGCCCUGGACUGAGAGGGGAGACAUGGUCUCACAUCCAGAAGGCCCAGUCUGAGGGGGGAGGGAGGAACGCCCCUGCUUCCAAUUGCCCCUGUCUGAGGGAGGAGUCUCUUCUCUUGGGGAGCUGGCUGUCUGACACGGAAGAUAGGCCUUACUGGUGAUGUUUUGACCACUCAUGCUCUAUGCGUACACUAUGGGACAGGAGCCAAGAAGGCACAUGUACACUGGACCAGGACCCACUUGAGGGUCUCCUUGCUUUGGAGGAGAGCCAAGGAAUCAGUGUACAAAGCAGGAGUAGCUUGGGCCUGAGUAGGGGCUGGAACAAGACCAGGAGGUGCUGUGGGUAAUUGUCCUGGGCUGGCUGGAUCAGGCAGGGCCAGUCUGAGAGCAGAUUGUGAGCUGGAUUUUGCACAUGCUGAGUCAGAGACAGGGAUUAGGGCAAAGGGAACACUCCAGCCUAUUAUGGUGAAGAGGGAUGAGUGGAACCUGGGCUACGGUCAAUCAGGGAAGUCUUCCUGGAGGAGGGAAGGGUGGGGUCUGGGUUUUACUAAUUGAGGCUGAUGUGGGCAUUACUGUACUUGGGGCUCAUGUGACUUACCAUCUAAGUCCUCCUAUGGUCUCUGACCCCUCCCAGGAGGGAUCUGCCCCUGCCCAUCUUUGUGUUUAUUUUUCUCUCUCUCUCCCCGGGAGCCCAGGAAUCUGACGCAGAAUCUGUCUGGGUCAGUCUUCUCUGCCUAGGCCCUGCUGGGGCCCAUCAUGGUGGCUUAGUUCUCAGAGGAUGGUCUGGGAAUCCAUGUCCUGAGUGUGUUGUGGUAAAAAUGAGGAGUUUACCAAGAACGACGGGCAAUCAUCAUGGCCACUAUGCCAAUGACUGAGGAAUCAUUUAUGGGACUUGGUUAGGUUCCCUCUCCCAGUUGUGCCACAGGAGGGGCAGAGCCCUGUGGGCUGAGCAGGGGCCCUUGUUUCUGACCAGUCGAGCUCUAAAGCAUGGUGUUGCCCCCACUGUUCCCUGGACCUGGCCUGCCACGGGACGUCCCUUGUACAUUUGCCAAUCCACCAGUGCUUGCUGUUCAGGACUAGGCUGGGUCCCAGCGCUCUUCCUCUGGACUUUCCUGCAUGCUCCAUGGGGUCUGUGGAGGUGCAUGUGCUGCUGUACCUUGGGUGUGUUUUGCCAUGUGUGCCCUCUACCGUUGUGAGCAUGGCUGCAGUAAGGAAUGCAGAAAUAGGGCCUGUGGUUGGGAAUCUCUAGUCAUGACCAGAAGCAUGGAUGGCCAAGUGAGCCAGGCCUAGGGCCAGAUACUUCCUGCCUGUCUGACCUAAGACUGCUGGUUUCCACAGACCUUCGAGGGCUAAGGGUCCGGCUCACACUAGACCUCCUGCCCUUUCCUGUAGUAGGGGUUGGGGGAGCGUGCAGUGGUUUCUACACUGGCCGCUGUGUCCUCAUUUCCUCAGCCGUGGGCACAGGCUUGGUUGAGUUGGGACACAUGCCCAGGACUGAACUCUUUCCUGUAAGUAGGAGCAGGUUCCGCUCCUGGGGUUUCCCCAUGUCCGCUGGUUUGAUUACAGACUGUGCCUUUUCCCUGAUGUGCUUACCCAGUUCCUGACACAUUCUUCUAGCAAGUCACUCAGCCUGCUGCCAGCCUGGCUCCUGCUCCCCCUCAGGCCCCGGGACUGUCGGUCCAGGUGGAGCAUCUCUGCGGCAACUUUCAAGGCCUCACUACUCAGCAAGUUCCAUGAAUAAGCAUGUGAUGCUGGAAGGAGGUCAUGGCUUAUGUCUGCCUUGGUCUUCUCCCUGGACCUGGAGCCUGGUUUCCUUAAUUUCUGGAUGAAGAAAGCUGUCUCCACUGGGACUGUUCUCAGGGGACUGCCUCCAAAGGAAGCAUCCCUUGAAGGGCCAGGGAUAUGGGAUGACAUCAUCUGCAUCAACCUCAUCCUCACCCUCACUGAGACAGGUCACUGUGGGCUCCAUCCCAAGCUUGUGAACAGAUCCUAAGGAGAGUCUCAGAAAAGCCACUUUUUUGGGUUCUAAUGUGUACUUUUUGGCACCUAAGCAGAUACAUGCCACGGGAAGAAAAUUGAGUAACUCCCCGUGCUUCUGUUUCCUCAUCGGUCACAUAGGGAUGAUUGUACCUGUAAUGUCCACUUCAAAGGGUUAUCAGAUGAGGCAGUGUUAUAGAAAUAUUUCAGAAGUAUAUUGUACUAUUUGGGAUAAGUAAGGUGCUAUUAUGCCAGGUCCACGCAGGAGAGGCCUGGUGACAAUAGGUGUGCACUAAGUGCUUAUUCACUAGUUGAAACUUGUUAUUGUAUAUGUCAGGAGCAGCCCCAUUUUUCUAUCAAAAGGUUGACUCACCUCUCAUCAAGGAAAUUAAAUUGCAUUUGGUUGAUACAUUUACAUCCUGCCAUGUUCCAAAAAUGAUUUACACAAGAGGGAUGUGAUAAAGGGAAUUUCUGCAUUGGAUAAGGGAUAGAUCCAAUGUUUAAUUUUGUGUUCAUUUAUCCCCUCAAUUACCAUUAAUCGAACACCUACUAUAUACCAGGCCCCAGGAAUGUGAAGUGAUUUCUACUCUAAAGGGGCUCCCUGUCCCAAAGAAAAGGCAGAUAAGAAACAGAUGAAUCAUAACAAAGCAGGAAAAAUGCUGUGAUGUAUGAAGAUUUGGUGGAGUGGGGAGAAGAAUUAACUCAGUGUUGAUAGGAGUGUGGGGAGGAGGAUCAGGGAUGGAUGUGGAGCAGAUGGUACCCGGGCUGGAUGAGGAAGACAAGGAGGGCUUGACUGGCAAAGAGGCAUUCCAGGCAAAGGCAGGAAGUGGAUGAUACCACAUCAUGUCACCUAAGUAAUUUGAUGACAAAUUACUCGUCUGUAAAAUGGGGAUUAUGAUAGUACCUACUUCAUAGGUUAUCAUGAGGAUUCAAUGGAUUGAUGUAGAUAAAGCACUUACAACAGUUCCUGGAACAUGGUGGAAACCCAA